CGAGGACGCCAAAUGAUAUUCAGCUCUGCUAGCGGGACAAGCUGACUUACUUUGCAAGAAAGACUUACAGCAGCCGUCACUCCAUAAAUGUGCACCGUCCGCCCGCCUGCACACUGCAGAGGCGCUCGACCUGGCUGUUUUACGCACAACGCAACUCCUGCAUUGCCGGCAUUGAAACUUUCCUCAGCGGUUGUUUUCAUGAAGAGCGACAAGCUUUCGUCAAGGAAUUAAGGGAGACUACUUUUUUUUGUAUUGCUUUUCUGAAAAUAUCGAGGAUGCCUCGCCCAGGGAGAAACACGUACAGCGACCAGAAGCCACCUUACUCCUACAUCUCCCUCACUGCCAUGGCGAUCCAGAGCUGCCCGGAGAAGAUGCUGCCUCUCAGUGAAAUUUACAAGUUCAUCAUGGAUAGAUUCCCUUACUAUAGAGAAAACACUCAGCGGUGGCAAAACUCUCUGCGACACAACCUGUCCUUCAACGACUGUUUCAUUAAAAUCCCCCGGCGCCCAGAUCAGCCAGGCAAGGGCAGCUUCUGGGCUCUGCACCCCAGCUGCGGGGACAUGUUUGAGAAUGGAAGUUUCUUGAGACGCCGCAAAAGGUUCAAACUGUUGACUUCAUCUGAUCAUUUGGCCCCGAGUAAGCAGUCGGAUGCUGCCCAUUACCUCCAGCAGCAAGCUAAACUGAGACUGAGCGCCCUGGCAGCCACUGGCACACACCUUCCCCAAAUGUCAACUUACAACCUCGGAGUGUCUCAGUCCUCAACUUUUAAGCAUCCGUUCGCCAUCGAGAACAUCAUCGCCAGAGAGUACAAGGUCCCGGGGAGUCUGGCGUUCUCCACCAUGCAGUCCAUGUCUGCCGGGUACCCGCUCCACAACCAGCUGACGACCGCCUGGCCCCACAUGUACAACACCAGCAUGAUUGACACGUCGGCCCCAAUCUCCAUGGCGAGCGGCGACUACAGCGCCUAUGGCAUGCCCAUCAAGUCCCUGUGUCACGGGGGUCAGUCGUUACCGGCCAUCCCUGUGCCAAUCAAGCCCACCCCGACCUCCAUGGCCGGUUUCUCGGCGUUACCUCCACACAUCCCCGCGUUUCUAUCAAACUCUCCACAGUCUCUGAGCCCGACGUCCCCACAGACAGCAACGAGCCAAAGCAGCCCUGCAACCCCGAGCGAGACUCUGACGAGCCCCUCCACACUGCAGUCUGUGGCUGUGCACUGA